UUUAACACUAAGGAAAUUUGGUGAUAUCUACUAUGGAGAAAAAGGGAUUGCGCAAAAAAGAUAUGUUGAGGAUGGACGGUCUCCUGCCUCCAACCCGGCGUUUACCAGUUUGUGAUGCAGUACCCAGUGCCUCGGAUAAGAAAAAGGAUAAGAAAUGGUCUAUAGGUGGAAUUCUGCGACGAAUAUCUUCGAUAAAGGACUACGACAGUUCCUCUAAUGAUGAAGAGAUCGUCUACUGCAAAAAAGCACCGAGGAAGCCUGCAAAAUUCAACAAGCAAGUCGAUGGUGUCGUUCUUCAUUCGAUAGAAAAUAAUUUGGAGCACGAUAAAUUGAUGAGAGUCGAAAAUAAUAUUCGCCAUGUAAAGGAAUCCUGUCGAGACUCGUUACAUUCACGUAGUAGCGACGGUUCGUUAGAUGGCUUUGGCAAAAAGUCCCGAAAGAACAAACUGAAAGCUCGAGCCGAAGCAAAGAGGGAUCAUCUGUGCGCGGGCAGCAGUUCCGAUGAGGAUUGUAACAGAUCUAGCAGUUCGCUGAACAAAUUUCACGCGGAUAGCACGCAGAAUGGCCAGAGAGGUAAUAAUGUGUGCAGUAGGAAAACUCGCGCUGCUCGAACGGAGCGUUACAUCAAGCGCUUAUCUCGAGACGAGGGCAAUGGCAGCGGUGAUACUUUGAACGAGCUAUAUAGCAAAAGGUGUUCCUCAGACUAUAUCGAAGAUAAGGAACGCGCUGUUUACGCUGAUACGAACGGACUGUGUCGCCCGCCCAUACAUCCACGUCGAUCGGUCGCGUAUUCAAACAGUCGCGUGUAUCCAAUUAAAAAAUCCUCCGCGGAAAGUCUGCGAGAUGCGGAACGCGUGAACUUGCAGCAUCUCGAAAUUUUCGGCGACAUCAGGAGAUAUUCUACAGGUCAAUACAUCACGGAUUUGAAUCAGAACAACACUUACGGGAAGAUCUCGCGACAUCACAGCGGCGACGUGUACACGGACAGCCGUCGAGCUGGAAACUUCUUUACAUAUCCCGCAAAAAACGCGUGUCAUUACUCGGAAUCGUUCGAUUGUGUCGUCGAUCGCCAAUUAAUCAAUCCGGACAAUCAGCCACCCGAGCCACCCCCGAGGGAUCCUCGUUAUCGCUCGUUCGGCUACAGUUCCUAUCCGAUGAACAGACACCAAAAUGUGCCAAAUUACUUUAAACAAGAAGACAAUAAGACGAACGUUGCAAGCGGAAUGUCGAGACCCGACUGGAGAAACUUUCGAUCGUACGGAUCAAACAAUAAGAUUGUCUGGCGCGAUACGAUGGAAUUUAAACCAAGAAAUUCGAUGUCGAGUCCGAAAACGGAAUUCCGUAAUUCGUUGGAGCGUAUAAAUAAUAAAUAUAACUCGAGCUAUCACCGCGCGAACGAGUCGGCUUACAAGGAAAUCGAAACGACGAGACGCAGAAACAUUCGCAACGAUCAGCUCAAUCGCAUCGACGCGAAUUACCACGUAUACAAGGCUAGGAAUAAAUCAGCGAACAUCUGUGAAACGAAUAAACAUCACGAGGCAAUUUCAUCGCGCUUGUCUGCGUCCGAUUGGUCAUCUGGAAGACCUCCUUGUGAGCAAGAUAAUUUGCAUAUCAUUACUUUCUCGACCUAUGACGUCGAUAAUUGCGCUGAGAGGAGCAAAAAGGAAGACAACACAGGAGUAACACCGACGGACGAAGCUUUGGAAAGACGCAGAAGCUCGAAGAACCUUGAAGAAGCUCUGUCCGAACUGGAAGCGAUAUACAACAGCCUUCGCCUCGGGGACGAGGAUUUGUUGGAUCGCGCGGAACGCCGAAGCAUGGAGGAGUACAAUCAGAAACUAAGUAAAAGUGAGCUCGACGCGACUGUGAUCGCUGCAGAUUCGCCGGAUAGGACGAAGGAUGACAUGGCUUACCGGAGGAUGCAUCCCAAGGAGAGACCUACAUCACUCUCGGACAUCGCGGGACAAUCGACUCUAUCCAGCAUAAGUUAUCUCAUCGCCUCACCUGUCCUCUCGCGAAGGGACUCGGCGGAUGAUCUUGUGCGCUUGCCAGCGACCUAUCCGUCUCGUCGAGACGAGCCGGACGUGACUCGCGACGACGUGCUCUUCCGCAGUAUAAAUCAUGCCAACAAUACUCUUCGAAUAAUCGAUCCGCAGCCACCGUUCGGUAUACCGCUCGGGCCGGUCAGUGCGGCGACCGAGAGCGAUUACCUGCACACGACGCCGACGAAAUCGGAACAGCCGCGCUCGUCGUACAUACCGCAAUGUGAGCCUGACGUGAUCACGGACGAUUUGGCUUACAGGGCCCUUAGGAAGGAUGUUGCGACGCGGAACGUCACGGAGAGUAAGAGCGACGUCUCGAGAUCGGAACAGUUGGAGGCCGCUACUCGCAGCAAGAAACGCGCCGUUAGAUCGCUAUCAGCCAAUCUUUAUGGACUGAUCAAUCACGAUCGAAUUCACCUGCAACGCGAGCAUAGUCUCGACGCUAUCAAAGAUGAAAUCCAAGUUGUUACGAGGAACUCGGCUGCGACGUCCGAGCGACCGGAAUAUUUCAGGCGCGUUGUGAGCGACGGCGAGCUGUCUGAUAACGAUGCGCAUAGGUGGAAAGAACUGGCAGUUAAAAGUGAUAUCGAUAUCAACGGCAACCAUCCGGCGGUGGGCGCGUAUCGGAAGAAGCUGUGUGCCUACGUAUCACCGGAAACGACCACGCGGGAAUGUCCCAAGAAGGAGAAGGAGUCGGGUGUCACAGAGCUAUCCGACGUCAUGCUGUCUUCAAAGGCCAUCCUGAACGACGGAUUUUGGCACGAGUACCUACAUUCGGAUUCCAACGUUUCGGCAGCCAAUAACGGUCGCAACACGGAGACGGACUUUACCGCGUACAGUCGCCUCUGCCAAGAUUUAGUUAAUUUGAUAAAAGGCGACGAUGACGCGGCAUCACCGAACGCAAUCGAAUCGCCGAAGGUGGACGAUUCUGUCGUUGCUGAUAAGUCUAACGGCUUCGACGCCAAAUUCGAGAUCAACGAACCUCCGGCGAGCGUACGCGUACGCUCUCUGGGUAGUCAUUACUUAGGAUCGCAGUUUGCCAACGACGAGCGGAAUGUCGAGAGCGAGAAAACGACGAGCCCGACCGAUUCGAAUUCCACGAGGUCUUUGUCGGACUCGACGCCAGCAGCCAACAACCUUGAUUUCUAUCUUCGCGUGGCGGACGAAAACGUCAAGCUGAUCGCCGAGGCUUUCGGCAACGUGGCCGACCAACUGCGCGACAGUCGUCUCUCUACCCUGAAGAAUUCUUCAGUGUCUCAUGGCUCCGAGAUCGAGGACCGAAGCGGUAGCGUGCGGAGUAGCUCCACGCCGUACAGUCAAGAUGAACCAACGAGCGACGAUCGGCCUAUCGUUAGUCCGAGACUCGAGGAGACUGUCUGUAUAGCGUCUUCGAAACGCGAUUCCUUGAUGAACGACGACGGGGACCAAGGUAACGCCAGCCAGCUCGAGGACGCUUCUACCGACGACGCGGAGCUGGACUUGUCCAGGGCCGUUCGCGAUCUGCAACUCGCCGCGGCCAGUCUCUACGAGCACGAGAAGGAGAUCGAGAAUCUGGGUAGCAGAUACGGGAGAAUCCGCGACGCGACGCCGUUGUUUGCCGCCGCCGUGAGCAACGCGGACGAGAGCGAGGACGACAGCGCGGUCCACAAGAUCGAUCUGAUCGUCGACGGGCUGAGGCAGGAACGGGAACGCGAUCAGGAGGAGACCGUGGUGCUGCCUAGCGGAAUCGAGGCGCGUCGCGGAGACGCGCCAAGCGAGGGUAGCGAAGGUGAGCGCACAAUGUGCGAGCUUGUUGAUCGCACGAGAUCGCGCCGCGCGGGGAACGACGUGUACGUUUCCUGUGUCACUAACCCCUUAACCGUCCCGGUAACGACGUACACCACGCUCUUGCUCGCUUGUCUCCUUGCAUUGCUUUUAGCGAUCGUAGCGGCGGCCGUGAGGGGCCGUCCGGCCGAUCAUUAGCGCGAAUGGGAUUUUCUGUGUUCUCUGUGUGUGUUUUGCGACUGUAUACGAGGACCGCGUAUACCGUUUCACCGCGCCAUCGUCCUCGUAUCGACGGCAAUGCCUCUAAUCCUGUGUGUUCAUUUGCAAAUGUUACUAAUGUCGCAGGUCUCCAGGCGUUCGCUCGUUCGCAGUGACGAUCGCUCGAGCUGGACGUGGUCGGCAGUGGUAGGGUGAUGACACGAGGCAGUUUGAUUUUUUGUAAGAUAAUAAAUGAGAGAAUACUUAGGGGGAGAGAGAGAGAGAGAGAGAGAGAGAGAGAGAGAGAGAAAGAGCGAGGGAGGCAGUUGCCGCGGGCUGUUUGAGGCACAUCGACUUGUUGUUGUUGCUCUUGUUAUUACAUAUGUUGUUGGUUUUAAUAAAGUUUAAAUGUUAAUCCUGCCCAUAAUGUUACUGUAAUUUUACU